AUGUCAAGGGUUUAUGAUCUUUGGGAGAAACUGGUUGGUGCUGUUCUUGACAGGGAGGAGCUCCGGCGACUUGCCCUUCGUUCCAGCCCCAGCUCCAGCCUCGGCUCCAGUUUUUCCGAUUACUCCUCGGGCUUCAGUUAUGACUCCACCGCCUAUCACAUUGCACUGCCCAUGGAGCUGAAAGAGAUUAUAAAAGCAACAGAAAACUUUCAACCAGCCAUGUUCAUUGGGGAAGGAGGCAUGUGUCAAGCUUUUAGGGCGUGGAUCGAUGAGCACACCCUCAUUGCUUCGAAUCCUGAAUCGGGAUUGGCUGUUGCAAUUAAGAAAUGGAAGAAUUUCGUGAAACAAGAUUGGUUGAAGGAAAUUGAUUAUAUGGUUCAACUUAGUCAUCCAAACUUGGUCAAUCUAAUUGGCUACUGCACGGAGAAACACCACAUGAUGUUGGUUUAUGAGUUCGUGCCCAAUGGAAAAUUGAAGGAUCACUUGUUCACAAAUGGAUACCCAUCAUUUUCUUGGCGAGGAGAAUCAAAGUCGCUCUGA